UUCAGCUACGGAAUACCCUUCGAGGCAGGCCCCGGAUAUUAAAGACAGGACGUGAAAUAUUCUACCCAAACAAAUGUCACGCCAGGGAGGAAUUAUUGCCACCAUCAUACAAAAUUUUAGAAAUUCUCUCAGUGCACCAAAACUUACCACUAAGUUGGUAGGGGCUGAUCGCAGUGGAAAUAAAUAUUUUGAGAAGGAAGACGAUAAAUCUCACAACCUCCGAGGAAGUCGUUGGGUGGAACCGCCAGAUGGUGACCAGUGGUCAGUGCCAGAUGUGCCCACUGAGUGGAACGCCUGGUUGAGGGGGAGGAGGAAACGGCCGCCCACACAGGAGGAGAUAGAUCGUAACUAUGCGUUGAUGAUGAGGACGAUACAUCGUGCCAAGGAGCUGGAGGAGAAGGAGGAGGGUGGCUCGUCCUCCAAGAGAGUGGAAGGCGGAGCAUCCUACACAUCUGAUGUGGACCCGGAUGGGGACAGCAGCAAGAAGAAGUUUCCAGUAUACCCAGAAUAUGAAAUCACACCUGGUGACUUGGAUAAGAGAAGAGAGAAGAAGUGACACUUAGCGCUAAAGAACACCGGGACUUGACAUUAUAAUACACUGACACUGUGAUGAGCAUGUUGUACAUACCGUGUGACUGAGUCGUGUGGAGAGUGAAAAUAAUACAAAAUGGAAAAAC